AUUGUGAUGGGUGCCUCGAUCGAGGAAUAUGAAAGAGUCGCUCCUCCAUAUUCGUUCAUUCACGUUGAUCAAUUCGAAUCACCAGCUAAACUGGCAGAAUAUUUGAAGUAUUUGGACAAGAACGAUACUGCAUAUAAUGAAUAUUUUGCAUGGCAUGGUCAUGGGGUAAUACAUGAUUUCUAUGAAAAGCUUCAAUGUGCAAUGUGUCUGCUAGCUCAUACAUCUCAUGCGUUUGGUCCAUAUUGGGUUCCGAGAGUGACACGAUGGUGGAAUGAUGGAUGCAACGGUCGGAAAUUGCGUUGGAAUCCAUGA